ACUACAACGUCGCGACGCUGUCGACGUCUCCUUUAUUUGACGUCGAGUCGUCGCAGCGGCUGGCUGUGCUAAAAUAUACAUACUAGAAAAGUAGACUGCGCUGCCUGCUUCAUUCUUGGAACAAAAAUUUCACUGUUGGCAGCGACUGAGAAAUAAAAUUGAACGUCGACGUCGCGACGUUUCCUCCUCGAAGAAGACCAAAUCAAAAUAAAAACAAAUAAACUAUAAAGGGUGCGUGCGCGCCAAUUAUUUAACAACAAUUAGCAAACGAAAGAAACAAAUGCACACACUGAGUGCAGCCAUCGAAAUGGACAAACUGGAUGCCAACCUGGAGCAGCAGUUUGAUCUCAAUCUAAUUGAGGCAGUUAAAAUGAAUCCCGUUAUAUACGAUCGCUCACAUUACAAUUAUAAGCAUUUUGUGCGUAAGGCGCAGACUUGGAAGCAAAUCGCUGAAACACUUGGAGUUAGCGAACAAAAAUGUACAAAGCGUUGGAAGAGCUUACGCGACAAAUUCGCGCGCGAAAUGAAACUAUGCCAAGAAUCGCGCUGGCGCUACUUCAAGCAAAUGCAAUUCCUUGUGGACUCCAUUCGCCAGUAUCGUGAAUCGCUGCUGGGCAAGUGUGCCAACGGCAGCCAGAAUGCCAAUCAAGUGGCCGAUCCCACGCAACAGCAGCAAGCCCAGCAACAGACUGUCGUCGACAUCUUUGCACAGCCCUUCAAUGGCAGCGCCACCACAUCCGCACAGGCACUGACGCAUCCGCACGAUUUCCCCAUAGAAAUCACUGUCACUGGCGACGCCCAGCUCGCCACCGCUGUAGGCAAGGAUCAGAAGCCAUAUUUCUAUGAGCCGCCGCUGAAGCGUGAACGAGGCGAGGAAGAGCACAGUGACAAUAUGCUGAAUAGCAUUAAGAUAUUCCAGAACAAUGUCUCGCAAGCGGUCAGUGCCGAGGAUCAGUCGUUUGGCAUGGUCGUCACCGAUAUGCUCAACACGCUGGGCGUGCGGCAAAAGGCCGAGGCCAAGGUGCACAUCAUCAAGUAUCUGACGGAUAUGCAACUGCUGGCACAGCAUAACAAAUACUAACUGUCGAGUCGUUUGUAGCAUUACCAGCAUCAAGAGCAAUUGCUGCAACUGCUCCAAUUGGAUAAUGUGCUGGACGCUCGAUGGUUAAUGUAAAGCAGCUACAUACAACAACAACAACAACAACAAAUAAACAAC